AUGUCUUUCCUGGCCGUCGAAGGAUGUCAUGCUUUCGUGACAGGUGCUCAGGGAGGCAUCGGUCGAGAAAUCGUGAAAGAGCUACUUGCGGCGGGUUGCAAAGUCACGGCACAUGAUCUCCGACCUGCUGCAUCGGCUGCAGAGACAAAUGUGUUCAAUGUUGAAGGAGACAUUAGCGACGAGCAGUCCAUCUCACAAUCGWUACAAGCCGCAGUGGAGAAGUUCGGCCCGAUAAACAUUCUCUCUGCCACGGCCGGUAUUACCAACGAACAGAGUCAUCCGAAUAUCUGGGAGAUGCCUCUGGAGACUUGGGAGAAUGUCUAUCGGGUAAAUGUCCGUGGUACAUUUCUGACUAUCAAGCACUUUCUGCUUGCGGCGAUCAAAGCUCAAGAAGAAUCUGGCCAGGAACUUGAGAAUCUCUCUAUCGUUGUGAUUGGCAGUGAGUGUGGCAAGUUUGGACAGGCUGGGCAUUCAGAAUACGCAAGUGGUAAAGCAGGUCUACAGUAUGGACUCGUCCCAACCGUGAAGAACGAGAUUGUACGAAUCAACUCAAAGGCACGAAUCAAUGCGGUGGCGCCAGGUUGGGUCAACACGGAGCUUAUUGGCGAUCGACUUGAUGAUCCAAGAGAAUUGUAUCUUGAAGCCCAGGGGACUGUCCCGUUGCGGAAGAUUGCUCAGCCAGAGGAUGUGGCCAGGACAGUGGCGUUUCUCGCAAGUCAUCGUGCAGCAGGACACAUAUCCGGGCAGUGCUUGAGUGUCGAUGGGGGCAUGGAGGGGCGGAUCGUUUGGCGAGAAGAUGAGAUCUUGGGGAAGAAGUAG